AUGGCGGCUGCGGAGGCGUCGCGCAAGCUGGUCGUGCCUUGCCUGCGGAGAUACGAGGGGGAGGGCAGCGCGGCGGCGGCGGUGGACAAUACCGGCACGGGCGCCGCGCUCGUGGGCGGACUGUCCGCUGCUGCGAGAGCGGGCGGCGUCGGCGCCGGCGGCGCGAGCAGCGCAGGCGGCGACAUGGUGCACCUGGAGCCAAAGGAGGUGAAGCGGCUGCUGCGGCAGCUGGGCCAGCCGGUGCAGCUCUUUGGCGAGGAGGACGAGGCGCGGCUCGAGCGGUACCGCGCCGUCGCCGCAGCGACGGAGAAGGAGGACGACGCAGAGCUCAAGGCGGGGCAGAUGUUCAACGAGACGCAGCUCUACGACGA